UGUUGUUUGUGUGUUGCAGACGUCCAGCAGCUGAUCGGUAAUCCAGAAGAAGUUUCCCCUCAGUUAGGGGGGAGCUCCACUUUGAAGCAGGAGACUCCACAACCACCCUGCAUUAAAAAGGAAGAGGAGGAACUCUGCAUCACUCAGGAGGGAGAGUGUCUUCUAGGACGAGAGGAAGCUGAUUACACCAAGUUUCCACUGAGUAUUCUCUCUGUGAAGACUGAAGAUGAUGAAGAGAAACCACAAGUUGACAACCUCUUAGCUCCACUAUCAGAUAGUGAGGCUAAAGACGAGGUUGAAGAACCUUUGAGCAGCGAUACAGACUGUGAAGGUGAUAUGAGGACUCACACUGACAACGAACACUCUGAAUGCUCUACAAAGAAGAGAGGUAAAACAUGUUUGAGCUGCUCAGUUUGUGCUAAAAGUUUUACUAAAAGGAGCCAUUUGACUAAACACAUGAGAACACACACAGGAGAAAAAACAUUUAAUUGUUCAGUUUGUGGCAAAAGCUUUUCUCAAAAUAGCCAUUUGACUCAACACAUGAGAACACACUCAGGUGAAAAAACAUUUAAUUGUUCAGUUUGUGGCAAAAGCUUUUCUCAAAAUAGCUGUUUGACUCGACACAUGAGAACACACACAGGAGAAAAUACAUUUAAUUGUUCAGUUUGUGGCAAAAGCUUUUCUCAAAAUAGCCAUUUGACUCAACACAUGAGAACACACUCAGGUGAAAAAACAUUUAAUUGUUCAGUUUGUGGCAAAAGCUUUUCUCAAAAUAGCUGUUUGACUCGACACAUGAGAACACACACAGGAGAAAAUACAUUUAAUUGUUCAGUUUGUGGCAAAAGCUUUUCUCAAAAUAGCUGUUUGACUCAACACAUGAGAACACACACAGGUGAAAAACCAUUUAAUUGUUCAGUUUGUGGCAAAAGCUUUUCUCAAAAUAGCUGUGUGACUCGACACAUGAGAACACACACAGGAGAAAAAACAUUUAAUUGUUCAGUUUGUGGCAAAAGCUUUUCUGAAAAUAGCAAUUUGACUAAACACAUUAGAACACACACAGGAGAAAAAACAUUUAAUUGUUCAGUUUGUGGCAAAAGCUUUUCUCAAAAUAGCUAUUUGACUGAACACAUGAGAACACACACAGGUGAAAAAACAUUUAAUUGUUCAGUUUGUAGCAAAAGCUUUUCUCACAAUUGCAUUUUGAUUAAACACAUGAGAACACACACAGGUGAAAAACCAUUUAAUUGUUCAGUUUGUGGCAAAAGCUUUUCUAUAAAUGUCAAUUUGACUCAACACUUGAGAACACACACAGGUGAAAAACCAUUUAAUUGUUCAGUUUGUGGCAAAAGCUUUUCUCAAAAUAGCUGUGUGACUCGACACAUGAGAACACACACAGGAGAAAAACCAUUUAAUUGUUCAGUUUGUGGCAAAAGCUUUUCUGAAAAUAGCAAUUUGACUAAACACAUGAGAACACACAGGAGAAAAAACAUUUAAUUGUUCAGUUUGUGGCAAAAGCUUUUCUCAAAAUAGCUAUUUGACUGAACACAUGAGAACACACACAGGUGAAAAAACAUUUAAUUGUUCAGUUUGUAGCAAAAGCUUUUCUCACAAUUGCAUUUUGACUAAACACAUGAGAACACA